UAUACAUAUAUACUUUAAAUAUACGAAUAAGCUAGAUGUUUACAAUACGCAAGCAGUUCGUAUAUAUGUACAUAUGUUAGUAUAUAUAUAUAUACUGUAAUUAGACACAUUUGGGAAGACACUUUUUCGCUGGUACAUCAUGGAGCUACUACAAGUUGUAGAAUGGGCCACAGUUGUUACAACUUUUCUCAUGUUCGCUUCAGGCAUUCCAGUAUGUGUCUCUAUGUGCAGAACGAAGAACACUAAAAACGUGCCUUUCAUUUUGUUCGUCGUCAGCGUCAUUCUCUCUGUGAUUGGGUUGUCUUACGGGCUGCUCACCCACAACCCUCUCUUGACACUGAUCAACGCCGUCGGGACGACGCUGUGGGCAGUCUACACAUUUACCUACCUGUACAUCAGCAAGUCAAAAAGAAAGCCGGUAUUGCAGCUAGUCUUGGGAGUGGGACUGCUUCUGGCCCAUUUCGUCUACCUGAAGCGAUUCACCAACUCACACGAUGAGUUGAUUAACCAGCUGGGCUUCUUCAUGUUCGUGUGGGGAAACAUUGGACUCCUGACGCCAUCUCUCGAUAUUAUCGACGUCAUCAAGGAAAAGAGUUCAGAUGAAAUGUCCUUGUCGUUGUUAUUUGGCGGCACGCUCUGCAGUGUCACGUGGUUAGUGUACGGCUAUCUUAUCAAGGAUGUCUAUAUCUAUGCUCCGAAUAUCCCAGGCCUUGUGGUUAGUUUUGCUAAGGUGGUGGCGCUCUUUGUUUACAGAGGAGGGUCCAAAAAAGAAGUCUGAUCUUCCCACAUAUUGACGCUAAUUAUAUACGGAUUUUUUUAUAUACUAAUAACUGGACACUUGUGAUGAUGAUAAUAAUGAUGACAAUGUGUGCUGCUGAUUUUAGACAUAUAUGAGUUUGUCACAUAAAAUAGUGACAAUACUCUGGUUAUUUUGUGACGUACCUGUUGGUCACAUAAAAAUGUGACAAUGUUAGGGCGUGCGUGCGUGUGUGCGUGCAAGCAUGCAUGCGUGCGUGUGUGUGUGUCUGUGUUUGUGUGUGUAUGCAUGAAAGUACAUGCAUGUAUGUGUGUGUGUGUGUGCAUGCAUGCGUGCGUGUCUGUGUUUGUGUGUGUACAUGAAAGUACAUGUGUGUGUGUGUGUGUGUGUGUGUGUGUGUGUGUGUGUGUGUGUGUGUGUGUGUGUGUGUGUGAAAGUACAGUGUGCUAGGAUACUGUUUGGAUUGGAUAACAUAUUAACGUGCCUAUAUCCAAUUACGGCUCAAGCACGUCUUUCUUGGGCAAAAUCUCUGACUUCGUGUCAAAGGUACUGUUUGGUGUUUUUCAGUCUGUUUUGUUACUAUUAUAUUUUGUGUGUGUGUGUGCACAGAGGCGGAUCCCCCCUAAAUUUUACAACUGUUAUAAUUUUAUUAUAUAUUAAUUUUCAUUUUUUUACGAUCCCAUCCAAACCUCCCCCAAAGUUUCAUUGGCAUUCCGCCUCAUGUCAUUGCCCCCCCCCCCCCAAUGGAUUUUCUGGAUCCGCCACUGGUGUGUGCAGGUAGUCUACCUGUUUUUACACAAAGGUAUAACACUAUGUUUUUAUGAUAUACUCCUUUGUCACACACUUUAUUAUAUAAGAAUAUGGUGGUGGUUUUGUGAGUUUGCUGCAAUUUUUAAGAUGUUGUCGACUAACAGAGACUUUUUGACGACUGUAAUUGCAUAAAAUAUUAGUGGCUGUAUAUUAAACGUGUUUCUGAUCGUUCUGAUAUUUGUACUAGG